UAUACAAACAUUCAAGAUAUAUGCAACUGGUAGUAUUUAUAUACCUGAAUUUAAAUUCGAUUUUAAUCGCUAUCGUAAUCUACUCAAUAGAAAAUAUUAUUUAAAAAAAUUGUAUAUAGUUUUAUAUAUAAUUUUUAAUUUAAAAUAUAGUAUUUUAUUAUUUCUUUAUCAUAAUAUUUUCAAAAGUUCUAAAAGUUCAAUUCUAAAGUGUUCAAUUAUAAUCAAGUAUAAUUUCUAGAAGUAUUACAACGAAAUAUUUCUAAUUGAAAUAAACGUCAUAAUGUCGAAUUCAAGAAAAACCAAAACAAGACGUGAUAGUGACUCGAUAGAUUUUAAAGAAUUAAAUUGUAAAAGAAUUAAAUUAUCAAAUGAAAAUAAUUCUGAAACAGAGGAUAAUAAAAUUUCCAAUGACGCAUCACUUGGAAACAUAUCUGAACAAAUACUAUCAGUAGAACGUGAUUUAGUCAUAGAAUUAGGAAAAAUUGUAUUCCAUUCACCAAUAGAAUAUGUUUAUAGUCCACUUGAAUAUGCAUUUAAUAUACAUACUAUGUAUGUACAAAAAUAUUGUAAUACUAUCAAAAAGAUAUUAUUUCUUGGAAUGAAUCCCGGUCCUUGGGGUAUGUCUCAAACUGGUGUGCCAUUUGGUGAGAUAAGCAUGGUUCGUGAUUGGUUAAAAAUUUGUGGUCCUGUGGGAAAACCAGUCAAAGAACAACCAAAUAGAAAAGUAACAGGAUUUCAAUGCAAUCGCAGUGAGAUCAGUGGGAAAAGAUUAUGGAGCCUUUUCCAAAAAUUGUGUGGAAGUCCAGAAAAAUUCUUUCAACAAGCAUAUAUACAUAAUUAUUGUCCUAUUGCUUUAAUGAAAAAAAAUGGCUGCAAUAUUACACCAGCCGAGAUAAAGGGAUCAGAGAUACAAACAUUACAUUCUAGUUGUGACAAGGCUUUAUUAGAUAUAAUUAAAAUCAUAAAAGCUGAAAUUGUAAUUGGUAUUGGUGGAUAUGCAGAAAAGCGAGCACAAUUUGUAAUUCAAUCAUCAAAAUUACCUAUUAAGGUAUUAUGUUUACCUCAUCCAAGUCCACGUGCUGUAAAUAAUAAAAAUUGGAGUGAAAAAGCAACUAAAAAAUUAAGUGAAUUUGGAUUACUUGAACGUUUUAUAUCUUAGAUUCAUUUUACAUUAGAAGUUUAAAAAUAUUUAA